AUGCAGUCCGCUCAACGGGCAAAGAACUUUUGGGUCCCUCCUCAUGGAAGCUCUGAGAGCGCAGUUGCCAGCCCCGUGUCGCCCAAGGAGCCUCCAACGCCGACCAGGGCCACCAGCAGCUCGAAUCGACCGCCGCUGCCACUCCCAAACGCGUCCAGACAUGCGCAAAGGACUCCUGUAAACUCAUCCCAGAGCUAUUUCCCGUCACCUGGACCCUCGCAGCCGUCUGGACGCGCCGGCAGAGAGUACAACCGGCGCGAGCGCAGAUUCGAGGCCCUUUUCGACUCAUGGAGCAAGGAAAUGACCAGAUUACGAGAGGAGCACCACCUUGUCACGCUCAACUGCCGCACAGAAGACGAGAGGAAGGGCGCGAUGGAUCAGUUCAACGCAAAGGUCCAGAGUGUCAUGGCAAAGUACAACGACGAUCUAGAAGCACUGCAGAUAUCGUCGAGCGAACCAGGCAGUUCGCAGAGUGAAAACGACGACGACGAUACAGAGGAUGACGAUGAUGCCCCCGUAGAACGACCUUCGCGAGCGGCUGCCUUUGAGCUCGCCUCUGAAGCUAGAGCCCGCGCGGAUUCAGGAGAUGAUGAAGACGAGGACGACGGGUCUACGGAUAGUGUGGAAGACAUGAGCAAUGAUGGCGACGCUGAUAGUCACGAUAUUCCCGAACAUGCUCUCGACGAAGACGAAGAGGAACCCGACAACGAGAGUGGCGACGACGAGGCGAGCGCCCAAAACUCGGAACACUCCUCUCGUCCUCACACUGCAAAUGCCAGCAGUGCGGACGAAUCGGAUCACAGUGCUCGCUUAUCGCGUCGCAGUGGCAGGAGCGACAAGAGUGAAAGGUCCCGCAAAUCCCUGAAAACGCCACCGCCGACCGAAGACGAUGAAGAUUGGAGAGCGACGGAGCGGCGACGUGCGCGUGAACGAAUGAGGACAGACGAGCUCGCAUCCGCACUCCCGAGUAGGCUUCGUUCUGGGACUCUGCGGGGCUCCCCUUCUCCUUCGCACGUCACUCCAAUCCGGCCCUCUGCCAUGUCGCUGUUUGAAAACUUGGCCUCGUCCUCGCCAGGCGCCAUGCAGUCAUCCUCCCCCUACGGAGCCUCUAGACGUCCCUCUCGCGAUAUCGGGCCAGGUAUACCGCCCCCUGGUGAUGUGGAUUCAGACUCCAUAACAUCCCGCAUCGACUAUCUGCGUCGCCAGAACAGCACCAGUGGUUCGGACCGCUCCGUCUCACGCAACCGCCAACCAUCGCCCAUGGAUCAGAAUAAAAUCUUUCGGGAUCAGUUUGAGACGUGGAAGAAUGCCGCGAAAAGCCGCACAGACGAAGUUCGACGAAAUGCCGAAAAGGACAUUGAAGAGUCUCGCCUGAGGUUCCAAAGCCAGCAGGGAGAACUUCACAAGCGUGCCCAGCAGCUCUUUAUUGCGAACCAGGAGAAGAUGCUGCAACAAUAUAGUAGGAACAGAGCAGGGUCAACUGGAGGAACUGCCCAUCCUGUCGCGUCGUCAAGUCCACACGCUCGAAGCGGCAGCUUUGUUAUUCCAGGCUCUGGACAUGGCAUUGCCCCAAGUUCCAGCCCCACACUGCAGCGCGGGGCCACUCCGAUCCUUUCGUCCACGCCGACCAAUCGUCAGCUCCACAGCGCCAUGUCUCAAACAUUCAAUAUUGCCGCCAGCUCCUCCCAAUCCCCGCCUUCGCUCGCAUCUUCGCGGCCGCGGGCUACUCAACCACCGACUGCAAACGCAUCAGUCAAUCCUCUAGAAAAUCGCCAUUCAACUGCAUCUUCCUCGGGUUCAGACGAGGUUGCCGUUGACGAUGAAGAGUCGGACAUCCCGACUCCUCAUGGUCAAAAGGGCACUCCUCCGAUUUCUAUCCCCAACUCUGCACGCGGCUCGUUCGACGCUGGUCAUCGUCGAAUGAACUCUCAGAUAUAUAUGGGCUCUCAACCCCUUCGUAACAAUAACACCACUCCUCAGCAUCUUCGAAAUUCCUCGUCGACCACGUUUUCCUCUAGCGGUACCCAGUCAACGCGAUCAUCUGGUGCGUGGUCAGGGGUAUCUGGUGCGUCUUCGAGUACGACUAUUACUUCAUCAGAUGCAACCAGCUCCCGGAGGGGAUCUGCUGGUGAAAAGUCGUUUGCACCUCCUAUCGGACUACCAGGUGCAAAGGCCUCCUUGAAUCAGGUCCUCAGCACGUCCCCCACGAGUCAAGGACAUCGGUGGCAUGGUUCCAUAGAUGCGACUACUAGUGCAACGCAUACGCCAGCCUCUACCCUCUCGCGCGCUUCCACGCUUCCAAUCGGCCACAACCCUUCGUCAACGUCAAACCAUGGAACGCCAUCUCGAUCCGUAAUGGCCCAGUGGAGUUCCAUGGCAAGCUCUUCUUCUCCUGCCGCGGCUUCGUCGGUGCAUCCGGGAAGUAGUGUCGGCUCAUCAGGUCCCGGGUUGCCUUCACGUCCAUCAACGAUCAGCUCGCUCAAUAUUGGUCACUCACCCUCGAAGAAUGCUUGGAUUCAAAGCGGCCAACCGUCUCCUCCCAUUCCAAUACUGACUAGGCCCAGCUCAACAGCGUCGCAUCGGUCACGCCCAGAGGUCAACAAUGGCGACCCUGGCAGCGCUACAACGACUUCAGAAACCACACCGCGAUCCACGCCCCCAAUCAAGACGUCCAUGUCCAACUCGGACAUCUUUGCUUCGUCAAUCGGCCCAGAACCUCUCAGAGCUCGGCCCGCGAUUCCUAGUUUCAAUCAUGACCCUCUCCGCAAGGUGCCUGACCCAGUCACUCGCUCAAUGUCCCCUCCCAAGCCGGCCCUCGUGGCCGCCAAAUCGUCCCCGUCGCCUGCUACGGUUACACAGACGUCCGAGAUGGAUUCCACCUCCGUUCAUAUAGAGCCAGUCACAAUGAAUCGCGACUCCAAAAAGGAAAAGAGGCGUCGUGCUCAGGAGCGCGAGGCAGAGGAAAAGCGAAAGAGGGAAGAGCAGGCUGCGCGUGAACGUGCCGAAGCAGAGGAACGAAAGCGAGUCGAAGAAGAGGAGGAGCGAAAACGAAUCGAGUACGAGGAAGCUGAGCGCAAGCGCAAAGAAGAAGAAGAGGAGGCUGAGCGCAAACGCAAAGAGGAAGAGGAGGCCGCAGAAAGAAAACGACUCGAGGAGGAGGAAAGACUCCGUGAAGAGCAGCGAAAGCGUGAAGAAGAGGAACGACUUGAGGAAGAACGCAGGCGCGAGGAGGAAGAACGACUCGAGGCGGAGCGACUUGAGGCGGAGCGAAAGCGUGAAGAGGAGGAAGCACGGAAGCGUGAAGAGGAGCGAAAGAGACAGGAGGAACUCGCUGCUCAGAGGCGUGCUGAAGAGGAAAGACGCAAACGCGAGAAGGCCGAAAGAGCCCGAGCGGCAGCAGAGAAGAAGCGACAAGAAGAAGCAGCGAGGGAACGGGCAAGGCAGGAGGCUUUCGCCAAGAAACAGCGUGAAGAUGCCGAGCGAGCGAGAGAGGCUGAGCAGCGACGUCGUGAGCAGGAGCAACUCGAAGCAUUGAAGCGCGAGGAAGAAGAGUUUCUGCUUCGUGAGCAAGAGCUGGCGCGUCGAGAGGAGGAGGCCCAACGCAGGCUUGCCGAAUUGAAACGCAAAGAACGGGAGAAACGAGAAAUCGCUUUCCGCCAAAGAGAGGAACGUCUCCGAUUGCAGAUAGAAGAAGCCGAACGACUGGAAGCAAACCUUCGAGAAAUGCCUGCCGAGAUUCCCCACGAAUCCGCUCAUCAUAAUGCGACAGAAAUAUCACCCAUUACGCCCAUUCCAGAGGAGCCAGAACCAGAACCAGAACCAGAACCGGAGCCAAAUGUAACAGCUAUCCCACCUCCACCAAUCCCCGCUCGCCCAGCUACCGAAAGCAAGAAGAAGCGCAAGCAACGACAGAUGAAGGAUGAACAACGCGAAGCCGAAGAGAGACAAGAACGCGAACGCCAGGCUGCUGAGCACGAAGCACGACUGAUCGCGAUCGAAAAGGAGCGUCUUGCCGAGUUCCAGAGGCAGCGUGAAGCAAAGAUCCAAGCAGAGCAACGUGAGCGUGAGCGUAUGGAAGCCGAACUGUUAGUAGCGCGACGAUUACAAGAAGAAGCAGAGAGAGAGGCCGAGAGACAAGCUGCCGCUGCUCGCAAGGCACUAGAAGAGGCUGAGCGCCAGGCGGCCGCUCGCAGGGCACAAGAAGAAGCAGAGAAACGCGCUGCUGCUGCUGCACGAAGAGCACAGGAGGAAGCUGACAGACGUGAAGCUGAACGAUUACAGCGUCUCGAAGCCGAGCAAGCCAGGCUGGAUGCUGAGCAUGCGGAGAGAGAGCGAAUCAGGCAAGAGAACGAGAGACGCCGUCGUCUUACUGAAAAGCAGUCUCAACUCUUAGAGGAGCAGAGACGACGCAUGGCAGAAGAGAGGCGCCAACAAGAGGAAGCGGAGCGUCGUGCUCAAGAGGCCCGAAUCCGCGAAGAGAAUGCACGGAUGACGGAAAGAUUCCAAGCACGCGAUCGUUCUGCCCAACUCUCCUCCAAUAUGCCCAAGCGCGUCGCCGAUGCAUGGGAGGCUUAUGAGGCCAAAUGGAAGCAGCUCGUUGCACAAGCAGCCACUGGAGGCAUGCCUCUUACAUUUGCCACGGUUCCUUGGCCCCUUCUAAACCCGCCAGCGAAUCCAGAUGCCAUUACCCGCAACGCUGUCGGCAACUUUCUCCUCAGUCAGUGGAAUCCAUCUCCCAAGAGCAGGCGUGACCGCAUCCGUGAUGCCCUGCUGAGAUGGCAUCCAGACCGAUUCGAAAGCCGUUACCUGGGCUGGGUGCCGGAGGGAGAGGAACGAGACACUGUCCGCUCUGGUGUUGGAAACGUUGUCCGAUGUUUGAACGAGCUGCUCACUAAGGAAAGUUCCAGCGGUGUCCUCUAA